AUGUCAGAGCCCAACACAACCCACUUCACCAACCCCUCCACCUUCAUCCUGCUGGGCAUCCCUGGCCUAGAGGGGGCCCACGUCUGGAUCUCCAUCCCCUUCUGCAUCAUCUACACUACUGCCCUUUUGGGGAACUUCACCAUCCUCGUUAUUGUGAAGACAGAUGCAAGACUCCAUGAGCCCAUGUACUAUUUCCUCUGCAUGCUGGCCAUCAGUGACCUGGCCCUGUGCACAUCCACCCUGCCCAAAACUUUGGCAAUCUUCUGGUUCAAUUCCAGGGAGAUACAUUUCAAUGCCUGCCUCACCCAGAUGUUCUUCAUUCAUUCCUUCUCAGUGAUGGAGUCAGGGAUCUUCGUGGCCAUGGCUGUGGAUCGCUACGUGGCCAUCUGUGAUCCCUUGAGACAUUCCACCAUCCUGACAAAGCCUGUGGUGGCCAAGAUGGGCCUUGCCCUGGUGCUGCGUGGUGCCCUCAUCAUACUCCCUUAUACAUUCCUGGCUUUGCAGUGGCCAUAUUGCAGAACCAACAUCAUCCCCCACACGUACUGCGAGCACAUCGCCGUAGUUAAGCUGGCCUGUGCUGACGUCCGCAUCAGUAGUUACUAUGGGCUCUUUCUGGCAUUCUUUGUGAUGGGUCUGGAUGUGUCUUUCAUUGCCAUGUCCUACACCCAGAUCCUCAGGGCCAUCUUCCGCCUCCCAACCAAGGAUGCCCGAAUCAAGACUUUUGUGACCUGCGGCUCCCACCUGUGUGCCAUUUUAGCCUCUUACAUCCCCGCUUUCUUCUCCUUCCUCACACACCGGUUUGGUCACAAUGUGUCCCCACACGUCCAUAUUAUCAUUGCCAAUGUGUACCUCCUGGUGCCCCCCAUGCUACAUCCCAUCAUCUAUGGGGUGAGGACCAAAGAGAUCCAGGUCAGGCUGCUCCGAGUCUUAGCACAGAAAGGGACGUAA